AAAGAAUGAUAGGAGGGUUAAAACCGUCUUUCAGCUAAAUCAAGUCAAAGUUCUCGCCUCAUCACCGGUCACUUCCGGCUGGCCGUUUGCUCCAGCUUCCUUUCCUAUAAAUAACCUAUCUUCGGCCACCAGCUCCUCCGCCUCUCUGCUUUUCGCCUCGUUGUACCCUUUUGUUGCUGCCACCAUGAUACGCCUCUUCCUUCUCUCGACAAUUGUCCUCUUGGUCACAAUUCCCCUUGCCUCACCGCACGAGGAUCACGGCGGCGAGGAGACUGGAAACUGCGAGGCUAGCCCCGACGUUCGUAUUGUUGCGGAUUACCGUCCUGGGAUCAUUACUGUUGACGGUCACGCCGACGAUUGGGCCGGAGUCGAAGGUUUCGAGUUCAGCCUCUAUCCCGCCCUCGAUCCUGACGCCGACAAGGCCUAUGCCGGCGGGAAGAUUAGCAUUAAGGCUGUGCAUGAUGGAAAUCGUGUUUUCUUCUUGCUGCAAGUUGAUGGGGAGUAUGCUUACUCUCAAGGUGCAAAUACGAAAUGUCCUUCUGUUGCUCUAAUGUUUCAAGUGGGGGAGAAUGCUUCAUAUCAUAACAUGGGAGGGUGCAAAAACUUACCUGGAUCCUGCAACCAUACGACUUGUCAUGGUCAUGAAGUUGAUAUUAUGCAUUUCUCCAUAGGAAAUGCAAUUCCUGGUCGGCUCUAUGGUGCCAAUCUAGUGGACAAUAGUGAGGGUACUGGUGGUGAUAGGUUUGGCCAUCUUAUUGAUGUAUAUGCAUGGAAUCCACAUUGCAUUUAUCUUGAUGGAAAGGGUCCCGCAGGAAACAGUUCUUAUUCACAAAACGACUGGCAAGGGGCAUGGUGGCAUAGUAUGAUCACUAUCCAUUCAGGGCUGGUUGAAGAUGAUAGCCCUUAUUCCAAAGAUGGCGUGAAGGGCACAUAUUAUUUCGAAUUUACAAGACCUCUAAGGACAAUGGACCGUUCUCAACAGGAUGUGCAGUUUAUUAUUGGAGAGACGAGCAGGGUGGCUGGUGCUUUCUGGUAUCCAACUGGAGGGAAACCAUGGAUCAAGAAUCAACACUAUUCUGCUAGCUGUGAUUGGUUGCCAUUGGACAUAACAGCGCCUUCUUCCUCUUCUUACAUGACUUCAUCAAAAAGCUCGUGGGAUGCAGCUACUGCCUUUUCUUUGCUUCUGUCAGUGAUGGCCUUCUGCCUUUCAGUCUUUGUUGGAUACUGGGUUUCUAGAAGUAAGGCUGUGCCUUUCACCCCUAUUGAUCGCUUAUGAUUAACAGUUUAGAUGAUUUUUCUCUACUGUAGAAGGUGUCCCAUCCACAUAGAAUUCUUUUAUUAGAUUUAUUUUAAAUACUCUCGUAGCUUUUGGAUGUUGUUGCAUUGAUAUAAUUUAUGUUGCAGCAUUAAUGGUACUAAAAUUCUUGUGGGGAUAUCAGAUUAUAAUAUAUGUAGGGUUUAUUUGUGGGAAAAAUAUUACAUAUAUUUGGAGUCCAAUAGUGGGGCGCCACAUGUCAAAUGAGCUCUACGGCCAAUAUAUUGCAGUGGGGCUUACUUAAAACGUGACGCCCUACCAUUGGACUCCGAACGGAAAUAGCGUCUGGAAUCCAAAUGUAAUAUUUUCUUUUACUUUUAAUACUAUCAUCUUCGAAUUUGUAAAUGAACGCAUCAAAGUAAAUCAAUUUGCCUGAAAGUUAAG